UUGCAGAUGCGUUGCCAGAAACCGAGCCUCCUUUGGCCGAAUCAAUCAAAACUGUUAGCGAAAACAGAAUUGAUUUUAACCCAUCUUCCCCAGAGUAUCAUACUUGCGCCUGUAGAUCUUAUACUGCAAAUCUAAAAGACGUCAAAUUAGACAUUGCAGUUAUACAAAAACAAAUAGAAUCUAUUAACCGGGUCAUAGAUUCGACAAACGAUAUUAUAGAAUCUAUGAGUGUUAUAUUGAACCCCUCAGGCACGGAAAUCCAUCAUAUAUCAUACGACCUUAGAGUUGAAACAUUGCUCAGAGAGUUUUCGUCAAUUUUAAACGAGAAAAAUAGAGAAUUGGAGCAACGAGAUAAUAUUAUUAAUAGUAUUCAAGAAAAAUUAAUCAAGGUCGAUAAUGAAUAUCAAAAUGUUGAAUUCCUAGUUGCAGAACGCCGUGAACAAGAACAAUGCCAACACAAUAGAAAUCACAAUGGGCUGAUCCAUAAUGAGAGCAGAAGCAUUUUCCCUAAAAUCCAGGCGGGUGAUACCAAUAUAAAUAUGCAAAAUCAAGAAACUAGUGAAAAUUUACACCCGGUCAAUAACAAAGAAAUUGUCCAAAUUAAAGCCCUUCCACAAAAGAUAAAAUCCGGAUUUAAAGAUUCGGUCGAGCUGAAGCUACAAAUUAACCUGUGCCACACGAACCACCUAUCUCUAGAUCUAAUGAACGUUCUCAGCAG